CAGCAGCAGGCGACGCAUUAAGUCACAACGAUGGGUAUAGAGAAGUACGCGGGUCGCGUUGCCCUGGUAACGGGCGCCAGCUCCGGCAUAGGAGCCGCCAUCACGCAGGCGCUGCUCAGGAAGGGGCUCAAGGUGGUCGGACUCGCAAGGAGGGUCGACAGGGUCAAGGCUCUCGAGCUAAAGGACGCCCCCGGUAAACUUUACGCUAUUGAGGGUGACGUCAGCAAUGAGGAAAGCGUCCUGUCAGCAUUCAAGUGGAUCAAAGAAAACUUGUCUGGCGUCGACAUUUUGAUUAAUAACGCCGGUUUGGGCAACGACUGCAACUUGACGACCGGUAAGACACAAGACUGGAAGCGCAUCCUGGAUGUGAACGUGUUGGGUCUGAGCAUCUGCACCAGGGAGGCGGUGCAGGACAUGCUGACGAGAGGCGUUGACGACGGCUUCAUCAUCCACGUCAGCAGUAUUGUGGCGCACAAUCCUCCAAUAGCCGCCUACCUGUCGAUGUACACAGCGAGCAAGCAUGCCGUGAAGACGCUGCUGGAAGGACUCCGGAAGGACCUGGUCGCCAGGAAGAGCAAGAUUCGCGUUGGGGCAGUUUCUCCAGGAGCCGUGAGGACAGAGUUUCUCUCGAACUUCGAUGGUCUUCCUCCGAACCUCUACGACACGAUUCCCUGCCUGGAGUCUGAAGACGUCGCGGAGGCCGUUGUCUACAUGCUGUCGCAGCACCCACGAGUCCAGGUUCACGACGUCAUUAUCUAUCCUACUGGCAGCUCAUGAGCUCGUCUCUGA